AUGAAGUUGGCUUUGCACAGGAUAGCGGGCACCACAAUGAGCACCUUAACGACAGGUGUGCAGUAUCUCGGCUCCAACGACGCCAGCUACGACGACCCCUCCGUCGAUUCGACUCUAAUCAAGAGCAGAUUCCACUUUGAGAAACCUCACUCUGCCUCCGUUAGUCACGCCUUCCCCGGACUCGUCCCUGGAAAUAAAGAGGCCAUCUACAGUGGCCUCGCUCCCGUUUUCCCCACCAACGUAUCAGACCUUCUGCUGAGUAAUGGCACGUCUGUGGGGGGCGGAGGGGCAGCACAGUGCGGGGAGGACCUUGUGGACAACAUGGAGUGUUUCAUGAUCCUCACUCCAGGUCAGCAGCUUGCGAUCGCCAUCUUGGCGCUCACCCUGGGUACGUUUACAGUGCUGGAGAACCUCAUGGUGCUGUGUGUGAUCCUGCACUCCCAGACGCUUCGGUCUCGGCCUUCCUACCACUUCAUAGGGAGCCUGGCUGUGGCUGAUCUCAUAGGCAGCAUCAUUUUUGUGUACAGCUUCCUGGAUUUCCAUGUCCUCCAUAGGAAGGACAGCCCCAAUAUUUUCCUCUUCAAGCUGGCCGGGGUCAUCGCCUCCUUCACUGCCUCUGUUGGCAGUCUGUUUCUCACUGCGAUCGACCGCUACAUCUCCAUCCACAGGCCCCUGGCGUACAAACGCAUCGUCACAAAGACCAAAGCGGUCAUCGCCUUCAGUGUGAUGUGGACCAUCUCCAUCGUCUUCUCGCUGCUGCCGCUGCUUGGGUGGAACUGCAAACGUCUCAACUCUGUCUGCUCGGACAUUUUCCCUCUAAUCGACCAGAAGUACCUGAUGUUCUGGAUCGGCAUGACGACUAUCUUGGUCCUGUUCAUCAUCUACGCCUACAUGUUCAUCCUCUGGAAGUCCCACCACCAUGCUGUCCGCAUGCUGAGCCGCAGCUCCCAAAGGAGUGUGAUUGUCUACACCGCGGAGGGGACUAAAGUUCAGACAGUGAGGCCCGAGCAGGCACGGAUGGACCUCCGUCUGGCUAAAACCCUGGUUCUGAUCCUGGUGGCCCUCAUCAUCUGCUGGGGCCCACUUCUAGCCAUCAUGGUUUACGACCUAUUUGGGAAGGUUAACGACUUCAUAAAGACUGUGUUUGCCUUUUGCAGCAUGCUCUGCCUGCUCAACUCCACCGUGAACCCUGUGAUCUACGCCAUGAGGAGCAAGGACCUGCGCAGGGCCUUCGUCAACAUCUGCCAUAUGUGCCGGGGAGGAACGCAGCCUCUGGACAACAGCGCUGAGAGUGACUGGAACAGCAGGAGUGUGAGAUGCACAGCGGGCGGGGCGGGGAAAGAUGGAGCCGCCUGUGGAAAGACUCGAGUAAAGGUAGCCCAGGUUACCGUUUCUGGGGUGACUGAGACUUCUACUGCAGAGCCGGUCUAAGAGACAAGCUGCCCUGCUGUGGUCCAGCUGUGACGUGCAGAUAUUGUAAAAUAGUCCUCCUUGUGCACUGCUCUGUUACUGUGACAUGUGCCAAAAAAAUGA